AUUUAUAAUUGUAGCCAUCAAAACAAAGCGAAGAAAAUAAGCAGGAAAGGAAACUGUGGACUUUGCAUUGAAACUUGACAAGUGGCAGCAUUUGUUUAAUUGUUUUACACUUAAUGACGCAAACGAUUAUUUUCAUCCAUUCGUCAGUUUCAUACUGACGUGGCCUUACUUGACACAUAUGCAGAUCAGUGUUAUGAGUAAUCGACCAAAGUUGCCCUGUCAAACAGAAUGGAUAAAGUGAUCAACUGUUUCACCAAGAAACCCGACGCUGUGGCCAGGCUGGUAUGCUUCCCCUGGGCAGGUGGAGGGUCCAUACACUAUGCCCGCUGGGGGAGGGUCUUCAACGACUCCAUUGAAGUUUACUCUGUGAGACUCCCGGGCCGCGAGACUAGGGCCAAGGAGAAGUUCUUCCAGAACAUGCAGCAGAUUGUGGACGAAAUCGUAGAGGCCCUCCUGCCAGCUCUGAAAGAGAAGCCAUUUGCCUUCUUUGGCCACAGCUUCGGGGCGAUGACGGGCUUCGCCGUGGCGGACUCUCUGAAGCGGCUCCACGGUCUAGAACCAGUCCAUCUGUUCCUGUCUGGGGCGUCAGCCCCCUACUCCGAGAUGCGGAUCGGCGCCCCCAAAAGGAGCGAGUUGACUGACGAAGAGUUCCUCCAAUGGCUGAGCUCCAUAGGGGGCACGCCCCCCGAGCUGCUAGCCAAUCCCGAGGUGCUGAAGCUGUUCCUGCCCGCCCUGAAGGCGGACCUGCAUGUAGUGGAAAACUACAGGUGUGACCGACCGACCAGGCCCUUGCUGUCCUGUGCGGUCACCUGCUUCGACGGAAAACAGGACGUACCACAUGACCUGCGGGCGUGGAAGGAGAUGUCUUCGGGAGACUUCACAGUCCGGAUGCUGGAUGGAGAUCAUUUUUACCUGAAGGACUCAGCGAAUGAGAAGGUGCUGAUAGACUUUAUCACCAAACACCUGGAGACCUCCGAGAUGGACUACCUAUAAACCAACGCUGACUCAAUAUUUAUUUGACAUUAUAUUUGUUUGUCACUCAUUUCUAUACCAUUCCAGCUCUAACAAAAGUGUAAUAAGUGUUGUUCUUUAUUUAUAAACAAUCAUGCCUAUGUUAUUAUUCUCAUAAGUACCAGCGAUUAUUAAUUAUGUUUCGAUCUCCAUUUUGAUUAGCUAAUGGUUUCGAAAAAGAAAAAAUGCAUUUAAAUCGUUUUUAUUGCUAAACACACAUUUUCAAAAGGACAUGAGAUCAAAGGCAUUUCCACACGUUCUCUUUAGACUUGAUAACUACAUACUAGUAACCUCUUAAACUGUGGACAGAGCAAACAAAGUGAAUAAAUAUAUAUAUAUAUAUGUUACAUAAGUUACUUUUAAAGCAGUGCUUACGUUUGAUUGACCUCAAACCCGCACACAUACAUCAUUUUACAGUACAGAGUAUUAAUCAAAUACUUGACCUUCUUAGUGUUUAUCCAAGGAAAAUCUCUAUAUGUACAUACAAUCUUUAAAUUAAGUAUCCUCACAUUCAUGGGUAGCAUUGGACAAAAACGAUAUUCAGGUAUAUCGAUUGUAUGGCAAUGG